AGGCCUCAGACGCAGCAGGCGGCGCUUCGGGCAGCACGGGGGCGGCGGCCCUCACCAGCUUGGGGGAUGCAGGCCGAGGUUCUGCGCCGUGGCCCCUGAGCCACAUGGCCUCUCUGGGCCUCAGGACACCUGCCCCCCACCCGUCACCAGGCAGAAGGAGAGCCAUGUGCUGGGUCAGCGCCAUCAGCUUCAUGGCGGCUGAGGAGAUGCACUGGCCUGUGCCCAUGAAGGCCAUUGGUGCCCAGAACCUGCUCACCAUGCCCGGGGGGGUAGCCAAGGCUGGCUACCUGCACAAGAAGGGGGGCACCCAGCUGCAGCUGCUCAAGUGGCCCCUGCGCUUUGUCAUCAUCCACAAGCGAUGCAUCUACUACUUCAAGACCAGCACGUCCGCCUCCCCACAGGGUGCCUUCUCGCUGAACGGCUACAACCGGGUGAUGCGGGCAGCCGAGGAGACGACGUCCCACAACGUCUUCCCCUUCAAGAUCAUCCACGUCAGCAAGAAGCAUCGCACCUGGUUCUUCUCGGCCUCCUCCGAGGAAGAGCGCAAGAGCUGGAUGGCCUUGCUGCGCAGGGAAAUUGGCCACUUCCACGAGAAGAAGGAGGUGCCUCUGGACACCAGCCUCAGUGACUCCAGCUCGGACUCGGACAGUUUCUAUGGCGCCGUCGAGCGGCCUGUGGACAUCAGCAUCUCUCCGUACCCCACGGACAGCGAAGACUACGAGCAUGACGACGACGACGACUCCUACUUGGAGCCCGACUCCCCCGAGUCCUGGAAGCCCGAGGACGCCCUGACGCACCCGCCAGCCUACCCUCCGCCUCCCGUGCCCGCGGCCAGGAAGCCGGCCUUCGAUGUGCUCCGGGCCCACUCCUUCACCUCCAGGGGCCCGGGCCCUCUGGUGCCACCCCCACCCCCUAAGCGAGGCCUCCCGGAUACUGGCCUGGCUCCUGAGGACUCCAAGAGGGAGCUGCUGGGCCUGAGGUGGGCGGACCCUGACCCUAGGCUGCCUGCGGUCCCCAGGAGGAUGAGCGACCCCCCACUGGGCAGCCUGCCCCACCUGCCCAACCCUCGGAAACCCCCCUGCUUCCCCGAGAGUGGCAUCCCUGGCCCGGAGUCCCGGGUCCCCAGCCCCGGAGCCGCCUCCAGGAACUGUGACCAACUCAAGACCUUCCACCUGUGCCCCCGGGGGCCGUCCGCACCUGAGCCUCCGCCUGUGCCAGCCAACAAGCCCAAGCUCCUGAUGGUGGCGGAAGAGGGCCCCCUGCGGGGGGUGGCCAAGGCCGGGCACCUCGUGCUCCCCGUGGCCCCCAGGCCGCCUGUGCUGAAGCUGCCCGUGCCCGAGGCCCCAGCCCGGCCCGCGGCCCUGCCCAGGCCGGAGCAGCCACCCCACCCUCACCUCCAGCGCUCUCCCCCUGAUGGGCAGAGUUUCAGGAACUUCUCCUUUGAGAAAACCCAUCUGCCCUCCCAGGACGACGCCCCGCAGGCUGACUCUGGCGGCAAGGACUCUGACGAGGACUAUGAGAAGGUGCCACUGCCCAGCUCGGUCUUUGUCAACACCACAGAGUCCUACGAGGUGGAGAGGCUGUUCAAAACCACGAGCCCCCGGGGGGAGCCCCAGGAUGGACUCUACUGCAUCCGCAACUCGUCCACCAAGUCGGGGAAGGUCUUGGUUGUGUGGGACGAAACCUCCAACAAAGUGAGGAACUACCGUGUCUUUGAGAAGGACUCUAAACUCUACUUGGAGGGCGAGGUCCUGUUCGCGAGCGUGGGCAGCCUGGUGGAGUACUACCACGCACACCCGCUGCCGGGCCACCAGAGUCUGCUGCUGCAGCGCCCCUACGGCUACGCUGGGCCCAGGUGACGCCAACACACCGCGGGCAGAGGUGGCCCCAAGGCCGCCGUCUCCAGCUGCACGGAUGAGACAGGCCUGCAGGGCGGGAGGAGCUCUGAGCCGAGGCCUCUCUGACCGGACACCCGACUGCCAGGCCAGGCCCCGCCCAGCAGGCUGGGUCCUCGGGGCGUGGCUGGGCCUCAGGCUCCCAACGGCUCAGGGGCUCUCUGGUGUCCUGCGCCGCCCACCCCAUUUCACCUCCCAGCAGCCCGGGGCCUCUAGACCGAGCUGGCCUGGGCUUCAUGGACAGGAACUCUGGUCCCCACCCUGCCCAGGGCUGGGGGCUGGGGGCUGGGCAGGGAGGGCUGGGGCAUUUGUGGUUGGGGCAGGGGUUGUCCCCAGGACCCCUAGGACCCCCAGGAACGCUAAGACUCGGGCUCCAGGAGGGGCCUUCGCUGCACAAUAAAGCACAGACGACCUCUAC